AUGUGGCAAAAACAUUUAAAAUUUCAGUUCGUCGUUCCACAUUUGUCGUACCUUUGUAUGGAUGCGAACUGGGGCGUUCGGAAGGCGGUAUGUGAAGUGUUUGUGGAAGUGGCCCGUCAUACCUCACCAAAUAUUCGGCGAGCGCAGUUGGCACAGACGUUUGUGAAACUUCUCCAUGAUCCAUCGCGUUGGGUAUGGUACACGGCAUUUCAAGAACUAGGUCCUUUUAUUGCAACUUUCGCUAAUUCGAAGUUGUCCGGGUUGAAAAUAAAGGAUGGACAGGUCUGCGAAUCAGAUGGUCGUUGUGAUUCGGAGAGCAUCGUUGCGGAUUCUGUGGACUUCGAGAAACUUCCUUCUGGAUGUUGCAUGCCUGAAAAGGACUCCGAGGAAGACGAUGCGGAGGAUAGUGGUCAAGAGUCCGAUCAUAGCGAAGAUGCUGAACAAAUUAUCGAUGGAUUGCAACAUAUGCUGGAUACGUGGACUGCUGGACAUAAGAAAAACUCAACACACAGCGCUCCACCCAGUGUCAUUGAGGGCGAACCAUCAAGUUCAGGCGAAGGUGUCGGCAUUGCAGCCAAGUGUAAUUCGUCGGAUGAUUUGUCGAAGGUUGGGCUGGAUGACGACGAUGACGAAAACUUUGAUGAAAACGAUAUGGACUUAUUAGAUACUACGUUGCGAUUAGAUCUGGACGAUAGCUUCGGAAAUGAUGAAAAAGAUAGUUCCUCAAGAACUGGUGGACCAAUUUCAAUGGCGAAUGGUCUUGCCUUUGGUGGCAUGUGCCUGAUCUCCGAUAUUAACGGCCACUGUGCCACAUACUUUCCUGCGGUGGCCCGACACGAUUGGACAGAGGCGAAUUGCGCACAUGAGCGACGUACAAUACUUGCAACUGACGAUCAGCUCAAAGUACGUGUUUCGAUAGCAAAUUCCAUCCACGAAAUGGCGGCCAUAGCUCGGUGUGCCAGCCGACAUCCGACUGAUGUAUCUACUUCCAUGGUUUCAAGCGUACAGUUUUGUAGGGAGGAGGAUGCGUUCGAAGUACGCGUUGGUCUGCUGAAGCAUCUCUUUGAAUUCUAUCGAUGUUUGUCGCCUGAAACUCGGAAAGGUAUGAUCGAUGCGCUUCCACAGUUCAUGCCGAUGGAUAACUCAAUGCUCAACGGUAACUGGAGAUAUCGGCACGAGUUUGCCAAACAAUGCAACAAGCUCUGUGAGAUGUAUGGUAUUGAAGAGAUCAAUCGGACAAUGAGUGCCAUCGCUCUCACUUUAGCUAAUGAUGUCGUCAACGUGCGGAUAGCAGUUUGUCGCGCUCUUUCGCUUUGUGACUCGUCCCUGCAAUCACAUGCGAUAGCAAGCGAUUCAAAGCGAUUGACGCCGCUAACUGUAAACACGGUACUGGAGCGACUUGCGAGUGACGACGAUAUGGACGUGGCCAGAGCUGCUCGUCAAGCCAUGGGUCAAACAGUUGGCAAUGAAACUGUGGAAAUUUCAAUGAGAGGUUUUCGCAUCAGGGAGAAGGAAAACGCUCUAUUGGACACCCAACUAGUCGACGAUUAUGAAGAGAACGAUAUGAGCUUGUGUUCAGAUUAUAGUGAAAGUUCACUUCGUAUGACUCAGAAUUUCCUUCAACAGCACGAUUCUUCUAGUUAG